CACUCACCAAGGCAAUAAUGGAACGACGAGUGCUCGCCCGCGCGGCCAUGGCGGCAUGUUGCUUGUUCACAGGACAUUCGUCGGCACUCAUGGAGAAGCUUCCGACGCUCGAUAAUGAGCUCAAGCGAAUCCGCAGCUUCGAGGCCAAAAUGCGUGAGCGGUGGAUCAAGGAUGAAGACAACUGGCGCACGCUGCCUUCGCGGGUAUGGCCAAGUUACCACCCUCCUGUGGCCCAACAAGCAUCUCUAGAGGCCAAAGUGAAGUCGCUUUGCAAGCAGUCACAGCCUACGAAUGAUACCUGUUUCCAGAACCGGUUUGACUUGGCCACGUUGCUCGUGUUCAAUUCCAUCGACCCGGAAGCUGGCUUUCGCAUGUAUACUUCGCUAGCCGACGACGGGUUCGUGGAUGGCAUUGUCGCAGCUGGCGUGUGCCUCGUUGAAGGCUUUGGGGUAGACCAAGACUACGCUCGUGGAGUGGCCUACCUGCAGCGGGCCAGCCAACUUGGACACCCCCAAGCAGAUUACGAAUUGGCUGUGCUGCAUUACACUGGCGCCGCCGCUCCAUCGCUGCCUGCCAGUGACGAAUUGGCCUUUGCGCUGUUCGAGCGGGCCAUGAACCAAGGCAGGUUUUCGUAUGCCACGUACAUGGUGGCGGACAUGCUCCUAGACCAAGCAAACCCCGACGAGUACGGCCGAGCGUUGAGCUUGAUGUACGACGCAGCCGACAACGGACAUCGAUAUGCCCGUCAAGAAGUGCUGAGUUUCCUCAGUGGACGGCACAAAGCGCUUCGACGGGCAAGUUAGGCGGUACUAUGCACAUCCUGAACGAAAUGAACAGUAACACGUGGGUUGGUGAUGAUGCCAACAUUCAAAUUAGUACUACUACUACGUGCCAAUAGUAGUAUAUACAGCAUCACUGGAAGUGAGCGACAAUUAAUAAUGGAGAGACGCCACUUUGUG